GUAAGAGUUAAAGUUGUCGAAUCCAAAUUAGUUUCUGAGGCUAUUGAAAAUGAGGGUAAAAACAAAAACAAAAAUCUAUUUAGUCUUUAUGGAAAUCAGUGAUGUAUUGGUGGUAGUCCGGGAAUUGAAAUCAGGCAUUGUUAAACUGUAGCUCAGUACACCCGCACCAGGUGUUCGAUGAAAUUACUGAAACAGAAUUUACAGAGUUGAGCACUUGAGCGACACUGGAUGAUUGUUGAUGUCGCUGUUUUCAGUUCUCGCGAAGCGAAUUCUCCUCUCAACCCCAUACCCAAAUCGCCACUCAUAUUUCGCCUUCUCUUCUUCGCCGCACUCCGACCAGAGCAUAGUCUCCGCCGCCGUGUCGAUUCUUAAGCACCGCCGCUCCAAGUCCCGUUGGAAUCACCUCCGAUCUCUUCCCACUCCCGCCGCCGGCUUCACACCGUCCCAAAUCUCCCAAAUCGUUCUCCAAAUCCGCAACAAACCUCACCUCGCCCAUACCUUCUUCCUCUUCACCAUCCGCUACUCUCUCUGCUCUCAUUCUCUCGCCUCUUACGCCACCAUCAUUCAUGUCCUCUCCCGCUCGCGCCUCAAAUCGGAGGCGUUAACGCUGAUCAAAUCUGCAAUUCGCAAAUUCCCCGACACGAAUUCAUCAAACUCGCCUCUGGUGUUUGAAACCCUAGUGAAAACUUACAGAGCUUGUGAUUCAGCUCCAUUUGUGUUCGAUUUGCUGAUCAGUGCAUAUUUGGAAUCAAAAAGAGUUGAUGAGUCCAUUGAGAUUCUCAGAAUCUUAAAGUCCAGGAAUCUCUCUCCAAAUGUUGCCACGUGUAAUUCUCUGGUGGAGCUGGUCUCCAAAGCUCAGGGGUGUUUUGCAGGUUAUGAUAUGUACAAGGAGAUUUUCAGGUGUGGGGAUGGAAAUGUGAAAGGGGCUAAACCUCUUGUUCCAAAUGCAGAUACAUUCAAUGUUGUAAUGGUUGGGUUUUACAGAGAGGGGAUGGUGGAUAAGGUGGAGGAGGUUUGGAGGGAAAUCGCGGAAAUGAACUGUGAGCCGAAUGCAUAUAGUUAUAGCAUAUUGAUGGCAGCAUUGUCUGCGGAAGGGAGGGUGGAUGACGCGAUGAGGAUAAGCGAGGAGAUGGGUGAAAAGGGCGUGAAGCGUGACGUUGUGUCUUACAAUACUGCCAUUGCCGCGUUGUGUGGAGCUGGUGAGGUUGCGAGGGCUGAAGAGGUUUUCCGGGAGAUGGUGAUGAGUGGGGUGGAGAGCACAUGUGCCACUCUCGAACAUCUUAUUAUUGGGUAUUGUAAGAUUGAGGAUCUUGAUUCGGCAUUGCUGUUGUACAAGGAUUUGUGUCGAAAAGGUUUUAGGCUCGAGGCUGCAACAAUGGAUGCACUGGUUAGGGUGUUUUGUAGUAAAGGUAGAGUCUUUGAGGCGGUGGAGUUUGUAAGAGGUGCGGUGAAGAAGCAUGAUGUUGUUCCAAGGGAGAAGACAUAUGAAACUCUGAUAAAUAGUUUGUGUGAAGAAGGGAAGAUGGAAGAAGCUCUUAAACUUCAGGUAGAGAUGGUGGGGAAGGGAUAUCAAGCUAACCUUGAGAUAUAUAGUGCUUUCAUCAAUGGAUUCAUGAAACAAGGGAAUGAGGAAAUGGCUGAAAGGUUAAGGAAGGAAAUGGUUACAACUCAAAUGACACAUGAUUCUUAAAGCUCUUUUCACUGGAUAAGAGUUAAACUCUAUGAGCACAAUUCAAAUCGAGUCCGUAUCAAUCUCACAUGAUGUAUGCAAAAAAAGUUUAAAGACGUUUUUAUUUAAUUCAGUUCGAGUCAUAUCCGUAGAA